UCAGAGAAAAACAAUUAAUAGUUUCAAAACAAAAUUUCCUUUUGUAAGACUAUAAGAAUAUCAAAAGAUGGCAAAAUGGAGUGCAAUAGUAUUGAUAAUGAUGGUGAUGAUUGUUGUGGUGACGGUAGAAGCAAAAUGGAGUAAAAAGGAUUGGAUUCGUUGUUUCCGAAAGUGUUCAAAGCAUUGUGAUGCACACGAUGGUAAUUGCUUUGAACGUUGCAAAAUCAAAUGUGGUGGCCCUAACCCUCCCCAUAGUUUAUCUCGAGUUUCACAUGAGACAACAUUUGAGGAAGUUCAUGGAAGGAAAAAAUGAUAGAAAUAUUUUUUCGUAGAAGAUUUAUGAUUGUAUAAACAAAUUUUAAAAAUUUAUAUCUAU